UUCAUAUCUCAUCUCCGUGGGCAGCACAAAAGCACAUCACAUUGGAUCAGAACAGCAGAGAAUCCUAAUUAAAGAAUAAAGUCGUUUUUCCCCUCCCCUUGCAGAGAACAGAACCGUGAUGCUGUACAAAUGUUCGAAAACAUUUUGGAAGUUUUGAACGUCCUAACUAUAUCCCUUGUGGUGCCUGUCAGGAGUUCUGAUCUCUGAGGGGCUGACUUGCUAAAGAAUUGCAACAAAGUGAAGUUGGCAAGAGCCUGGAUUGAAGCAAAACAGCAGAAGGUUAUAUAUCCUGAGAGAAGGCAUGCUGCAACCUGGUUCUUAAACUUUUCAGAAGACAACAGUGGAGAACGGCAGCUAUAUUCCCGAGGCUACUGCAACCUUGCAGAACAGAAAUGGAAGAACGUGUGGUACCAAACUGGACUGUGGUAGCCCCAAACCAGACCUCGGUGACCGAGUUCAUCCUCGUGGGGCUGUCCAACGACCCUGGGACGCAGCUGGUGCUCUUUGUGGUCUUCCUGGUGGUCUACCUGCUCACCUUGGCUGGCAAUAUUCUCAUUGUGGUCACCAUCAUCCACAACCAGGGGCUGCACACUCCCAUGUACUUCUUCCUGAGCAACCUCUCCUUCAUCGACGUCUGCCAUGCCACAGUCACUGUGCCCAAGAUGCUGGCUGACUUCCUCUCAACUGCAAAGACCAUCUCCUUCGGGGGCUGCGUGGCCCAGAUGUUCUUCCUCCACCUCUUUGCCUGCACGGAGAUCUUCCUCCUCACCGUCAUGGCCUAUGACCGCUAUGUGGCCAUCUGCAACCCGAUGCAUUACCUCACCAUCAUGAACCAGAAGGUUUGCCUCCUGCUGGCCGGCACGAUCUGGUUGGGUGGCACAGUGCACUCUCUCGCCUUGACUGGCAUGACCAUCAAGCUACCCUACUGUGGGCCCCAGAAGGUUGACAACUUCUUCUGUGACGUCCCCCCGGUCAUCAGGCUCGCAUGCACAGACACCUACGUCAUUGAGAUCCUCAUUGUUUCCAACUCGGGGCUGAUCUCCGUGGUCUGCUUCGUGGUCCUGGUGGUCUCCUACGGCAUCAUCCUGGUCUCCCUCCGCAAACGUCUUGCGGAAGGCCGGCGCAAGGCACUCUCGACAUGCGCAGCCCACCUCACGGUGGUGACCCUCUUCCUGGGGCACUGCAUCUUCAUUUAUUCCCGCCCCUCCACCAGCUUCUCGGAGGACAAGGUGGUGUCGGUCUUCUUCACUGCGGUCACCCCUCUGCUCAACCCCAUCAUCUACACGCUGAGGAACGAGGACAUGAAGCAGGCGCUCAACAAACUGUUUGGCAGGAAGGUGACAGUGGAGAAAAAAACCCCCUUUGGGCACUUACACCAGCAUCAACUUAGCCAGUUGAGCCGGGAAAUUAUGCCAGUGUAUCUCUGGCUGAACCCAGCCUCCGCCACAAAGAUGGAUGCAGUACCAGAGAAUGUCACUACGGUGAAGACAUUUGUCCUGUCUGGCUUGACCACUAGCCACAGCACCGAACUGGCGCUCUUCGUUUUCUUCACAGCUAUCUACUCCCUGAUCCUAGUUGGCAAUGUUCUCAUCGUCGUCACCAUCAUCUACGACCAGCACCUUCACACGCCCAUGUAUUUCUUCCUCAGCAACCUCUCCUUCAUCGACGUCUGCCAUUCUUCCGUGGUCAUGCCCAAAAUGCUCGCCGACUUCCUAGCGGAGACGAAGACCAUCUCCUUUGGGGAAUGCAUAGCCCAGAUGUUCUUCCUCCACCUCUUUGCUUGCACGGAGAUCUUCCUCCUCACCAUCAUGGCCUACGACCGCUACGCCGCCAUAUGCAAUCCCCUCCAUUACGGCACCAUCAUGAGCCGCCGGGUCUGCCUCCAGUUGGCUGUGGCCAUGUGGCUGGGUGGUUUGCUGCACUCCAUAGCCCUGACACUGUUGACGCUCAAUGUGCCCUACUGCGGCCCCAACAACAUCGACAACUUCUUCUGUGACGUCCCUUUGGUCAUCAAACUGGCCUGUGCCAACACUUACGUCUUCGAAAUCCUCAUCGUCUCCAACUCAGGGGUGAUCUCGGUGGUCUGCUUUGUUGUUCUGGUGGUCUCCUACGUGGUCAUCCUCGUUUCCUUGAGGAACCGCUUCUCUGAAGGGCGGCGGAAGGCUCUGUCGACUUGUGCUGCUCACCUAACAGUGGUCACCUUAUUCCUGGGCCACUGCAUCUUCAUCUACCUCAGACCGGCCAAGAGUUUGGCUGCGGACAAGGUGGUUUCUAUCUUCUUCACGGCGGUCACACCCCUGCUCAACCCCGUCAUCUACACCCUGCGGAACGAGGACAUGCUGAAUGCCCUGAACAAGCUGCGAGGCCGACAGGUCAAUCUGGAAGGCAAAGGGCAUUAGGAGAAAGAGGGAUGAAAUGGUGCAUUCAUAAAAGCGCAAAGCUGCUUUAUUUCAAACAUCAUUUGCAAACUAGUAAGAAGGAACAGCUUUUGACUACAAUCAGCAAACAAUAUUUUAUAUCAAACUCGGGUAUACCCCAGAAUUCAGCAGUGGAUUUGAAACCUUGGUUUUACUGGAUUUAUUUCAGUGCAGGCUCCCUACUGAUCUUUGGAACUCCCUGCCUAUUAAGAUCAAGCAGGUCCCUUCA